AUGCCAGAUGUUAAAGUUAAACAGGGUUCAAUUCCAGUAUUUGUCAAGAGGUCCUCGUCCUCGUCAUCCACCACGCCUCAUUCUUUGGAUCGUUUUAAUAACAAUUUGGCUAACAAUAACAUUAACAACAAUGGCGUUAUCAACAACAACAACAACAACAACGUAUCUAACGUUACAAAUUCAGCGCUAUUGUUGGAUGCGGAAAAUAAUUUCCAAUUUAAUGACUACAGAAAAAGCAAUAAAUCAAAUGACUCGUUGUCGGUUUGCAAUAAUCUUAAUAUUAUUAAUAGGAGCUGCAAUGAUAACUCAGAUAAGAUUAAUAGAGGUUAUUCAAACAAUGACGAAAUCAACGUCAACCAUGACGGAAAUUUUAAUGAAGAUAACAAGAGAAACAAUUCUUACAUUAAAAAAGUCAGCAAUUUUGGGUUUAAGGCUCCCAAAAGUUUGAACAACAAUACAGAUUCAACGUCAGAUGAAAAAUCG